AUGGGCGAGGAGCGGCGGAAGGCUGGGAAGGACGGGGAGAGCUCGGAGGAGGAGUGGAGUGUCGACGAACGGCGGCGAGAGGGGAGCGUGGAGGACAGAAGGCGGCGGGAGAGUCGGAGGUCGGAGAAGGGAGUCGAAGGAAAGCGCCGGGAGAGCAAGAGAUGGGAGAGGGAGAGGAGUUCAGAGGACAGGCACCGCGACAAUCGGAGAUCGGAGAGGGAGAAGAGUCCUGCGGACAGGCAGCGAGAGAGCCGGAGGUCGGAAAGGGAGAGGAGCGUGGACGAGAAGAACAAGGAGAAUCACCGCCGGUCGGAGAGAGAGAAACGCCGGGACAGGGACAAGCACCGGGAAGAUCGCCAGAAGGAGAAGGAGAAGGAGAGAGAGGUGGAGCGGGAGAGAUCUACGGAGAAGGAGAAGGCCAGAGAGAGGGAGAGGGAAAGAGAGCGAGAAAGAGAAAGGGAAGAGAGGGAGAGGGAGAAGGAGAGGGAAAGAAGAAAGGAACAAGAGAGGGAGAGAGCAAGAGAAAGAGAAGAGAGAUACAGGGCGAGGGAGAGAGAACGGGAGAGGAAGAAGGAAAAGGAGAGGGAGAGAGGAAGCGAGAAGUCCCGUGAGAAACGGAGGGAUUUGGAUGGGAACGAGGAGAAAGAUAGUGAAGAUAUUAGGGACCACGAUCGUAAGCGGCGAAGAAGAGAGGAGGAUUCCCGGGACAGUGAAGAAGGCAGUAGGAGAAAAAGGAGCGAAGAGGAAUCCGAUGCAAUGGAGAAGAAAAAGACUCGUGAAGAGGAUCUUGAGGAAGAGCAGAGGAAAUUAGAUGAGGAGAUGGAUAAACGGAGGCGGAGGGUCCAGGAAUGGCAGGAGCUUAGAAGGAAGGAGGAGAAGGAAAGGGAAAAGAACGGUGAGGUCAAUAACGAAGAGCACCCUGAAUCUGGUAAAACGUGGACCCUAGAGGGAGAUUCAGACGAUGAUGAGACCCUCCCUGCCCCAAAGAUGGAGAAGUAUGCAGCUCUUGGCGAGGAUUCUAAACCUGGAGAUGAUGAGCGGGACAACAUGGCGGUAGACUUGGAUAAUGCUACUCCAGCCACUGAAGGUGGCGGUGUUGAUGCCGAGGAGGAAGUUGACCCCCUUGAUGCUUUCAUGAAUUCUCUGCAAUUACCUGAAGAUGUCGAAAAGACUGAUGCUCCAGGUAUGUCUCAGAAACCUAGUGAUAAAGAAGAGAACCUUGACAAAGGCUCCUUAAAAAAAAGUACCAAUCCCAGUGUGCCGAAGAGAAACAAGAAAAAUGUGAUGGGUAGAAUCAUUCAGGGCGACGAGUCAGAUUCUGAUUAUGGUGAUGUUGAAAAUGAUGAAGUUGCACUUGAAGAUGAAGAUGACGACGAAUUCAUGAAGAGGGUGAAGAAGACAAAGGUCGAGAAGCUAUCAAUCGUCGACCAUUCAAAAAUUCAGUACCUUCCAUUUCGCAAAAGUUUCUAUAUUGAGGUUAAGGAAAUUUCAAGGAUGACCCCUGCUGAUGUUUCUGCACAUAGGAAAGAACUCGAGUUGAAGAUUCAUGGUAAGGACGUGCCCAAGCCUGUGAAGACUUGGAACCAAACUGGUUUGACAAGCAAGGUCUUGGAUACGAUCAAGAAGCUCAAUUAUGAGAAACCCAUGCCUAUUCAGGCUCAAGCUUUGCCUAUAAUCAUGAGCGGGCGAGACUGCAUAGGCAUUGCAAAGACAGGUUCAGGUAAAACCUUAGCCUUUGUAUUGCCCAUGCUGAGGCACAUUAAAGAUCAGCCACCAGUCGUGUCUGGGGAUGGUCCAAUUGGGCUCAUUAUGGCUCCCACAAGGGAGCUAGUCCAGCAGAUUCACAGUGAUAUCAAGAAGUUCGCCAAGGUUGUGGGUCUAACCUGUGUGGCAGUAUACGGCGGUUCUGGUGUGGCUCAGCAGAUCAGCGAUUUGAAACGGGGUACAGAGAUUGUUGUCUGUACUCCUGGUAGAAUGAUCGAUAUACUUUGUACAAGCAGUGGGAAGAUUACAAACCUUCGUAGAGUCACCUAUUUGGUUAUGGAUGAAGCUGACAGAAUGUUUGACAUGGGAUUCGAACCCCAGAUUACCAGAAUAAUUCAAAACACAAGACCAGACAGGCAGACUGUGCUUUUCUCGGCCACUUUUCCUCGCCAGGUUGAGGUACUCGCAAGGAAAGUGUUGAAUAAGCCCGUUGAGAUCCAGGUGGGAGGAAGGAGUGUUGUCAACAAAGAUAUCACUCAAUUAGUCGAAGUGAGACAAGAAAGCGAAAGGUUCUUGCGCCUGCUGGAGCUCCUUGGCGAGUGGUAUGAGAAGGGAAAGAUCCUUGUGUUCGUUCACUCGCAGGACAAGUGCGAUUCUUUGUUCAAAGAUUUGCUGAGGCAUGGAUACCCUUGCCUCUCACUUCACGGGGCCAAGGAUCAAACCGACCGUGAAUCCACCAUCGCUGAUUUUAAGAGCAAUGUCUGCAACCUGCUGAUCGCCACCAGCAUUGCGGCUAGAGGGCUGGAUGUGAAGGAGCUUGAGCUGGUGGUGAACUAUGAUGUUCCCAACCAUUAUGAAGACUAUGUCCAUCGUGUUGGUCGGACCGGUAGAGCGGGUCGAAAGGGUUGCGCGGUCACAUUCAUUUCAGAGGAAGAGGAAAGGUAUGCAACGGAUCUUGUGAAGGCUUUGGAGCUCUCUGAGCAGGCAGUUCCUGAAGAUCUCAAGGCUCUAGCUAAUGCUUUCAUGGCGAAGGUGAACCAGGGAACAGAGCAAGCCCAUGGAACUGGGUAUGGUGGGAGCGGGUUUAAGUUCAACGAAGAGGAGGAUGAAGCAAGAAGGGCAGCAAAGAAAGCCCAGGCAAGAGAAUACGGCUUUGAGGAAGACAAGUCAGACUCUGAUUCUGAAGAUGAGGGAAUCCAGAAAGCUGGUGGCGAUCUCGCUCAGGCUGCUGCCCUCGCUCAAGCUGCCGCCCUAGCCGCAGCUUCAAAGGCUGCCAUUGGCACUUCUCCUGUGGCUGCCCAGUUGCUCAGCACAACGGGGCUCCCAUUGAUUCCCGCUGCGGCCAGCUUAGCCUCUGCCGUGACGGGUCCUCUCUCUGCCCUUCCCGGUGAUGCUGCCGCCAGGGCGGCAGCCCUAGCUGCUGCCAUGAACCUGCAGCACAAUCUUGCCAAGAUACAAGCCGAUGCCAUGCCAGAACACUACGUUGCAGAAUUUGAGAUCAACGACUUUCCUCAGAACGCCCGCUGGAAGGUCACCCACAAGGAGACCCUCGGUCCAAUCUCUGAGUGGACGGGAGCGGCGAUCACUACCCGAGGUCAGUAUUACCCCCCGGGUAAAAUCCCUCCCCAAGGGGAGCGCAAGCUCUAUCUCUUCAUCGAAGGCCCGACCGAAUCGUCCGUCAAGAAGGCUAAAGCCGAGAUCAAAAGAGUCCUCGAGGACUGCACCGCCCAGGCUUUGUCUCUCCCAAGUUCUUCGCAGCCGGGGAAGUAUUCCGUCGUCUGA